AUGUCUUUCUACAAAGGCGCUGCCCUGCGAAGGGCGAUUGUUCCAACAUCUGUCCGAGUUCCUUCAUCAAAGCGCGCCUUCUCAGCCAGCAUGCCUCACGCAAACGAGCCCACCUUCGACGCCGCUGCCUUCGGCGAGCAGCACAUCACCAAAGGCAUUGGACGUCUCACCAAGCAUGUCUUCGAGGAAGGAAAGGGAACGUACAUCACCACCGACAAGGGCGUCAAGCUCCUCGACAUGACCGCCGGCAUCGGCGUCGUCAACUUGGGCCAUUGCCAUCCCAAGGUCAGCGAGGCUGCUGCAAAACAGUGCAUGAAGAUUACCCACACCCAAAUCAACAUUGGCUUCAGCGCCGCCCAGGUCGCCCUUCUCCGAGAACUCAUCCCCAUCCUUCCCCACCCAUCCCUGGACACCGUCUUCCUAUGGAACUCUGGCGCUGAGGCUGUUGAGGCAGCCGUCAAACUUUCAAGGGCAGCAACCAAAAAGCAGAAUAUUAUUGUUGUGCAAGGCUCCUACCAUGGACGCACGUGCGCGACCGCCGCCAUGACGCGCAGCAAGACCAUCUACGGCGAAGGCCACGGUCCAUUGAUGCCCGGCAUCUUUGCUACCGCAUUUCCCUACUACUCUCAAUUCGGCCUUCCUGUGGACACACCCAUCGACGAACUUGUGGAGAAGUCCCUCUUCCAGCUCAAGCUCACCCUCUCACAACAAACCGCGCCCUCGGACACGGCAGCAAUCAUACUGGAGCCCGUUCUCGGCGAGGGCGGCUACGUUCCCGCUCCUCCUGCAUUCCUCCACGGCCUCCGCAAAGUCUGCGACGAGCACGGUAUCCUUCUUAUCUGUGACGAAGUUCAGUCUGGUUUCGGCCGCACAGGCACCAUGUUCGCCGUGGAGGAAAGCGGCGUUCGGCCCGAUAUCCUAAUUUUCGCUAAGGGCAUUGCAAACGGUUUUCCACUUAGCGGUAUCGCGAGCACGAACGAGCUCAUGAGCCGCCAAAAGCCUGGCACCAUGGGCGGCACAUACGCCGGAAAUGCUGUGGCCUGCGCUGCCGCCAAGGCUGUCAUCGAAGUCUUCCGCGAGGAGAAGGUCCUGGAUAAUGUCGCUGCUCGCUCGAAGCAGCUUUUCGGUUUCCUCAACGACCUCAAGAACUCUGGAAGCAAGGCUGGCAACCUCAUCCAGGAUGUGCGUGGACGGGGUCUGAUGGUGGGCGUGCAAUUCCAGGAUGCCGAUGUGAUUGCCCAGUCCCAGAACGAGGCAGCGAGGAAGAAGAGCGGCGCGGGACAAAUUGCGCCGAAGGUUGUGCAGGAGUGUGUCAAGAGGGAUAUGCUGCUCCUCAGUACUUCAGUGUUUGAUGUUCUGCGGUUUAUCCCACCGCUUACCAUUAGCGAGGCGGAGAUGCAAGAGGCGUGCCGCAUAUUUGGCGAGUCGCUGGAGGCUGUUGCGAAGGAGUUGUAA